CUCAAUAGAAAAAAAAUGCUGCCUGCAACCUUCAAACUGUGCGCUGGCAUCUCCUACCGGCACAUGAGGAACAUGACAGGUUUGAGAAAGAACGCCUUGGUGGCCAUUCACCAUGAGCUGAACAGACUGGCAGGUCCAGGCCCCAGUAACUGGAUCAGCCAAGUCCGCAGACGAAGCUCCCUCCUCAGUUCUCGUAUUGAAGAGGAGCAGGGGUACAACGAGGAAGAGAUGUCUUAUGUGAAGCAGGGUGAGAAUGCUCUGCAGAAAGCCAUCAGCAUCCUCAGCAAUCAGGAUGGCUGGACCAUCGAAACUGUGGCUGCAAAUGGAGACAAAGUCCUGAGUAAGACGCUGCCUGACAUCGGGAAGGUUUUCAAGCUGGAAGUGAUGCUGGAGCAGCAUCCUGACAACCUUUACCAAGAGCUGGUGGGAAAUAUGGAACAGAUGGGCGAGUGGAACCCUAACGUCAAACAGGUUAAGAUCCUACAAAAGAUCGGCACAGACACUAUGGUUACCCAUGAGGUGUCUGCAGAGACCCCUGGCAACGUGGUGGGACCGAGGGACUUCGUAAGCGUCCGCUGUGCCAAGCGACGAGGCUCUGCCUGCUUCCUGGCUGGGAUGUCCACACAGCAUCCAAAGAUGCCCGAGCAGAGAGGGGUGGUCAGAGCGGAGAAUGGGCCCACCUGUAUAGUAAUGAAACCCUGUGCCGAUGAUCCGAAUAAGACCAAGUUCACCUGGUUGCUAAAUAUAGAUCUAAAGGGCUGGAUCCCAAAGACGAUCAUAAAUAAAGUCCUCUCUCAGACGCAGGUAGACUUUGCCAACCACCUAAGGCAAAGGAUGGCUAAUACCGUUUCCAUGGAGAUGGCUCAUGCCUGCUGACACAAAAUGGUUCUUGAGCUUUGGCUCAAUGGUGGCAGACAAGCAACCCCUACUUAAGAAAAAAAUCAAAAAGAUGGAGAGUAUGACGUAGAUCAGAUGUUUGAGCUUGUCUGAGAUUUCAGGAAAACCUGAUGUAGGUUUCUAUUGUCAGAACCGUAUUAAUAUUACCCCUUUGAUUAGAAAAUUAGAGUUUUUAUUACAAACAUUCAUCCAGAUCACUCCGGACAUGCUGAGUUAGUGUGAGUAGUAAACAAACGUAACAAACUGCACAUUGUUUCCUUCUGAUAACAGCCCCUUUAUUGUCUCUCUCCCUCUGCUGUGAGAUAGCACUUUUAUUUCUGUUUUAUUUAUUGACGUCGUGCACAUGCAUUACAUUUCAAUGACUGCCAAAAUAGUUCAUGAUUGUCAUUUAUUUAU